AUGCCGUUUAUGACGUUUAUGCCGUUUAUGACGUUUCUGCCGUUUAUGACGUUUAUGUCGAUAAUGCCGUUUAGGACAUUUAUGACGUUUAUGACAUUUAUGACGUUUAUGCCGUUUAUGACGUUUAUGCCAUUUAUGACGUUUAUGCCAUUUAUGACGUUUAUGCCGUAUAUGACGUUUAUGCCGUUUAUGCCGUUUAUGCUGUUUUUACCGUUUAUGACCUUUAUACCGUUUAUGCCGUUUAUGACGUUUAUGCCGUUUAUAACGUUUAUGCCGUUUAUGCCGUUUAUGCCGUUUAUGCCAUUUAUGACGUUUAUGCUGUUUAUGCCGUUUAUGACCUUUAUACCGUUUAUGCCGUUUAUGCUGUUUAUGCCGUUUAUUACGUUUAUGCCGUUGAUGACGUUUAUGUCGUUUAUGUCGUUUAUAAUGUUUAUGCCUUAUAUGCCGUUUAUGCCGUUUAUAAUGUUUAUGCUGUUUAUGACGUUUAUGUCGUUUAUGACGUUUAUGCCGUUUAUGCCAUUUAUUACGUUUACACCGUUUAUGCCGUUUACGCCGUUUAUGCCGUUUACGCCGUUUAUGCCGUUUAUGACGUUUAUGACGUUUAUGUCGUUUAUGACGUUUAUGCCGUUUUUGACGUUUAUGACGUUUAUGCCGUUUAUGACGUUUAUGCCGUUUAUGACGUUUAUGACGUUUAUGCCGUUUAAGACGUUUAUACCGUUUAUGUCGUUUAUGACGUUUAUGUCGUUUAUGACGUUUAUGUCGUUUAUGACGCUUAUGCCGUAUAUGACGUUAAAAUUUUCUGGUGUACUUUUUACUUAA